AUGGAGGUUAUUGUCAUCAUCUCAGUUGUCAUUCUUUUGGCACUAGGAGCUCUCUUUGUGAUCCCGAAGUCACAAAAUAAAGGUAAAUCAAAGGGAACAGAUUCAGGAGCUGGAAUGACAUCUAGGAGCUUUACGAAGGAAGAGAUCUCUAAACAUAACACAAGGAAGGAUUGUUGGAUCAUCAUCAAGGACAAGGUCUAUGAUGUCACUCCUUAUGUGGAGGAACAUCCAGGUGGAGAUGCCAUUCUAAAUAAUGCUGGUGGUGAUUCCACGGAGGGUUUUUUUGGGUUUGUAACUUCUUAUAUUGCUUCUUAUACCUCGUAG